AACACAACCUAGGGUCCAACAGAGAGCUGAAGAAUAUCCCGUACACCACCAGUUCAAACUCCGCACUUUCGUUUUACGCUUAAUUUCAAAAACAAAACAAUCAUGCCUCGUUCGUUUCUGAUAAAGAAAAACAGUAAAAAAUCAUCGUAUUCUGGCCGCGGCAGAUCAACGACACUGACAGCGUGUUCAUCUUCUACCGAAACAUGCACGUUUGAGAAGUGCCGUGACGUCCGAUGCACCGUACAAGCGAGUUCGUACACUUCACCAGGAAGCUGCUGCAACAGUUCCAGAUGUACCACGCCUGUCCUGACGAUGCCCCCGUGCUUGCCAACAAGCAGGGGGAGUGCAUUCAGCACUGUCCGACCCAGACAUCUACAAGAAUUCUCAAGUCGAUAUGCCAAAUUUGGGCACCCCGUCAAUGUCGACAGCUCACCAGUGGGCCAUGUGACCAGAUACGACGUAUUAGCAAGUAAGACUAAGCUGGGCCAUGAACUAAACAGCGGCGCAGUGCAGCAGUGGCCGUGUGAUAUGUCAUCAUACACAGUCCCAUCACCUCCACCAAAUGGUUUUCACAAAAUCAUGGUGGAACUGCUGAAAGACGGAAAGUUGAGUUACACAGAUGUAUACCGAGCCCAGUUCGCCCAUGCCGAGAAACAGAUCAUGAAGUCUGCGACGCCGGAGCAACCUCAUUGGGCAGAUCAUGGCUUCAAUAUCCCUCUCUCGCCGGCAAGUUCAAGUUACAGCAGCGAUGGCUCGGAUGAAGGGCUUCAAAUGAAAGAGGACUUUCCAUCAGAAAAGAAACUGUUAUCGAUCAACGGAUCGUUCUCGUGUCUGAAAUGCAACAAAGUGUUUAACACGCCGCACGGAUUAGAAGUACACUCCCGCAGAUCUCAUAGCGGUGAGAGACCGUACGCCUGCGAAGUUUGCCACAAGACCUUCGGACACUCCGUCAGUCUCAGCCAACACAAGGCCGUCCACACUCAGGAGAAGAUAUUCCAAUGUAAACAGUGCGGGAAAACUUUCAAACGUUCCUCAACUUUGUCUACACAUCUUCUCAUCCAUUCCGAUACCAGACCAUAUCCAUGCGAGUACUGCGGGAAGAGAUUCCACCAGAAAUCGGAUAUGAAGAAACAUACAUACAUCCAUACAGGUGAAAAACCGUACAAAUGUACCCAGUGUGGCAAGGCAUUUAGUCAGUCGUCAAACCUCAUCACCCAUUCACGCAAGCACACCGGAUUCAGACCCUUCAGUUGCCAGCUUUGCACCAAGGCGUUCCAGAGAAAAGUCGAUCUUAGACGUCACCACGAAACUCAUCACGUGGGUUUGCAUAAUUACACAAGACCAAUUUGGACAAUGAUGAUACCACUUUCCAGAUCAGUGUUGUUGCAGAAUCCAACUAUUCGGUUAUCAAAAGUCGCAAAAGCCGCCAUUAUUUUUCUACAUAUUUCAGCGGCUCAGACUGACAGCGAUAAAUUCAUAGACAUAGACUCUUACAUACAGUACUUCGGGGUGGCUAAUGCUGGUCAGAAUCCACUCCAAGGAGCGGAAGAUCUCCUGGAAUUCCGCUUUCAAUAUUGUAAUGAUCAUGGAAUGUUGAUAUACCAGGAAGGUGCCAAUGGAUUUACGGGAUAUUUCCUGGCAAUUGGAGUCAACAGCGGGCGGAUCUACUUGGAGUGGGUGGUUACAUCAAAUACUUUGAUUGAGCUCUACAUUGGAGAUGGGAAUCUACAACCAAACACAUUUUACACGGUGGGGCUGUACAACUUAAAAGGGCCAUUUCAAAGUACUUUUGCGUACAUCAAUGGCCUUCCAGCAACGGUGGAUUUCCUGACUCCUGUUGACAUGGGUGGACUUGAUAUGGAUCAGUUGCUUGGUGAUUUAUUCAUCGGUGGAUAUCAAGAUAUCAGCGAGCUUAAGGUAAACACAGAGAGGUUGAAUGGUUACCUAGUUACGUGUCUGGACUAUAUACGGAGCAGCAUCAAUACGCUGGACCUGAAUGCAGCAGAUGUCAGUCUUGGUGUCAAAGAUGGUUGCCCUAGCGACUUCUGUGCUCCGCCAUCAACUGUCACACUCCAGAGCAGUACAUCGUUCAUUUCAAUGAACAUCCAGCUACCACCGAAAACAAGAACAAUAAUUAGUCUACGAUUCCGAACAAUGGCUUUGAGAGGAAUGUUAUUUUAUUUUGGUGGUCCUGCUUACUUGACAGUAUACAUGGAGUCUGGACGCUUGAUUCUCGGUCUCAAUACGAAGGGGAGCGGGGCAGGUGCUUUUUCAGAUCCAACAGCAAGUAGCAGCUAUAAUGAUGGAACAUGGAAGUACAUCAAAGUCAUUCGAGAAGGAAAUAUCGCCAGAAUGGAAGACGAGUUUGGUACACAACUCACAUCAGUAAUUUACACUUCUACUACCGGCACAGCACAAACAUUAAAUGCAGCAGAGUUAAUGCUGGGUGGUGUUAAACUCACGAGUAGCGUGACACAACCGUUUCCCAUCGCUGGCUUAACGUCUCUCAGAGGAUGCAUUAUGGAACUUCGCUUCAUUGUCUACAGCAUCUCUCCUGAACCACCUGAACUCUUGAACUUUGACACACAGGUCAAAGAGGAAAGGGGUGUAUCACAUGGAGGCUGUUUUUCUGACCAAGUUUGUGAACCAGGUUGCUCCUCGCCAUCCCAGUCAUGCAAUUUCAUCUGCGAAUGCGGCCCAGGAUUUUAUACAUUCAAUCCAUCUCCUUUAAUCUGCUUCAAUAUUGACGAUUGCACACCGAAUCCAUGUCUGAACGGUGCUACCUGCGUCGAUGCCAUACAGGAUUAUUCAUGUCUUUGUACCAUAGAGUAUAACAAAGGUAAAAACUGCCAGUUUGCAAAUAACUGCAUACCAAACCAGUGUUUAAAUGGUGCCACGUGUAAUGACUUUCUGGGUGGAUACAACUGUACGUGCGCCGAUGGAUACAUCGGAACGACUUGCCAGACGGAAAUCAAUGAAUGCGAAAGUAACCCAUGUCAACAUAACUCAUUCUGUGAAGAUAGGGUAGCAGGAUACGUGUGCACAUGCACGGCCGGUUUCACCGGUGCCGACUGCGAAAUCAACAUUGAUGAGUGUCAGUCAAAUCCCUGUCUCAACGGCGGUACCUGUAACGAUCUAAUUAAUGCGUAUUCCUGUACAUGUGCACCUGGUUGGAUGGGUGUACUCUGCGACUCAAAUAUUGACGAGUGUCUCUCACAGCCUUGUGCAAAUGGUGCUCAGUGCCUUGAUUUGGUGAAUGCUUAUUUCUGUGACUGUGCUCCCGGAUGGGAAGGGGACCAAUGCCAGAGUGAUAUUGACGAAUGUGCCCGUGGAUACUGUAAGAACGGCGCUUCAUGCACACACGGGACAAACUGGUAUCAGUGUUCGUGUACCGCUGGUUGGGCCGGGACUGAUUGUGAUGUCAAUAUUGAUGAGUGUGCCUCGCAGCCGUGCCAGAACGGGGCUUUCUGUGUGGAUGGGGUUGCAGCAUAUACAUGCGAUUGUCCUGGCGGAUACACAGGAAUCCAUUGUGAGGUAGAAAUCAAUGAAUGCACGUCAUUGCCAUGCCAACACGGUGGUACAUGUCAGGAUGAAAUCAAUGCUUAUGUUUGUACAUGCCCGCCUUCAUGGAUGGGACCCAAUUGUAAUAUUGAAGUCAAUGAGUGCGCUUCGAAUCCAUGCCAAAAUGGCGGACAAUGUAACGACUUUAUCGGCUAUUAUACAUGCAUCUGUGCAUCUGGAUUUCAAGGUAUCAACUGUCAAAUUAACAUAGAUGAGUGCGCUAGCUUCCCAUGUCUGAACAGCGGUACCUGUGUGGAUGGUGUUAAUAGUUACGCUUGUUUUUGCGUUGCUGGAUAUGAUGGAGUAAUUUGUCAAAAUGACAUUGACGAGUGCGCUUCAAAUCCUUGCGUUAACGAAGCAACGUGCGUUGAUCAGCUUAAUGGAUACGACUGCCAAUGUCCGCCGGGAUUCACAGGGCCACGUUGUGAUCAGGAUUUUGAUGAAUGUGCAUCGCAGCCAUGUCAGAACGGGGCGUUGUGUUUCAAUCUUGUGAAUGCUGCCCUCUGUAGUUGCCUAGCUGGUUUCACAGGGACAUUCUGCGAGACAAACAUCAACGAGUGUCUAAUUUUCCACCAAUGCCAAAACGGUGCAACCUGCGUUGAUGGUGUGAAUACAUACUCCUGUGCGUGCCAGCCUGGAUGGGAAGGUACAUUCUGUGAGAUGAAUGUUAAUGAGUGUCAGUCGGCCCCGUGUCAAAAUGGCGGUACCUGUGCUGAUGUCAUAAAUGGAUUCACUUGCACGUGUCCAAGUAAUUUUGUAGGGCCAACUUGUCAGCUUGAUGUAAACGAAUGUCUAACUAUAAGCCCUUGCGUAUCUGACCAUACUUCGUACUGUGACAACAACUACGGAGGAUAUGAAUGCGUUUGUCGGCAAGGUUUUGAGGGGACAAACUGCGAACUUGACGUUGACGAGUGUCUCAGUAACCCAUGUUAUUUUGGCGGCACAUGCAUUGAUGAAGAGAAUGGAUAUACAUGUCAAUGUCAGGACGGUUUUAUUGGUCCCAAUUGCGAAGCUGUCAUCAGACGCUGUCCGUUUAAUCCGUGCGGUUAUAACGCAGUGUGCGUGGAAAAUCCAACAGGUGGAUUUACUUGUUACUGUCAGCCUGGUUACUAUGGUGAUACCUGCCACUUGGACGCCAAUGAAUGUGGUUCAAAUCCGUGUAUGAAUGGCGCCACUUGCAAUGAUCUGAUUAAUUCAUAUAUUUGUACAUGUCCAUUAGGCAUAACUGGUUCAAGAUGUGAAAUUGAUAUCGACGAGUGUUCCAGUAACCCCUGUCAGAAUGGUGCAUAUUGCACACAGAGGACAACCAAUACAUACGAAUGUAUCUGCCAAGCCGGCUAUGAAGGAGUCAACUGUGAAAUUGACAUCGACGAAUGUGUUGAUCAGCCAUGUCAGAGUUUUCAAAUCUGUCAGGAUCUUGUUAACGGAUUCGU